AGGAAGCGUGAUGUUGGAAAGAUGGCGGAAGCGGACAAUGAAGUGGAUUCUGAACACAAUGGCGGUAGAAUCAAGGAGAAUUGGAGUAUUGUCCAAAAGAAUAGAAAAUGGAGUAAAGUAGUGUACAGUGAUGAGAAAACCCAUCAUAUCUAGUAGGAGUACAGUUUGUUAAUGAAUGAGCAACUGAGCAGGAUACCAAUCUUGAAGAAACCAUUUGUUAUCCAAACUGGUGGAGAGAGUGCUGGGUAAAGUGAAGCCUGUGAGGAUCACGAGAGGUGGCCCUGUUUAUAUUUUUUGUGAUUCCGCGGAUCAGAAGGAACGUGCGUUGUGUCUGAACCGAUUUGAUAUGUUUGAAGUGUAGUGUGUGUCUCUUUGGAACAGGGCACCCCUCAAGGGGGUUAUAUUUGGCUCUUGUGGUCGAUUUUGAAGAGAUUAAAAAUAUUCCUGGGGUGAUUUGAAGCACGUCGGAUGAAUCGUGUGGUGAUUGGUGAAAAAGUGAGGAGUCUAUGUUUGUUUUAAAAAUGGAGUCUCUCCCUACUCAAGUGCAGUUAGGGUAUAACUACAGUCAGAGCAUUUAUCCCAAGACCAAUGCAGUUUGAUCACUGUGAAGCUUUUGGUCAUGUAUCAAGUGUUUGCAGAUGAGAGAAGCCGAGAUGUCCAAGUUGUGGAAAAAACAUAUGUGUUAUAAAAGUAAUGACUAUGGGACAUGUUGCAAUUGUGGUGGGAACCAUGAAGCCACGUCUUUUGAAUUCUCCACAAUUGUGAACGAGAAUGAGGUGGCUUAAUUCAGGGCUGUGCUGAGCAUUUCAUAUGCAGCAGCUGUGAAAAGGGUUGAAGGUUUGAAUGGUGCACCAGAAGAGUCCAUGGUGGUGGAUAGGCCUGCACUGCAGGCUGCAGGGGUUGCCUUUCACCAGCAGGAUCCUGACAUUUUAAAGGUUAAGAAGGUGGACUUUUUGGCCUUUAUUGCUAUGGUAAUUAAUGGCACUGCCAAGGUGGAGAGAAGGUCCAGGAAGAUCAAAUUCAUUGUGAAUGCACCUCAGAGCGGUUCCUGGGGCUGAAAGACUUCUCAGCGAAAGAUUUAGAUGGAAUAUUGGUGCAAGCCGUACCACCUUCUCAGGUCUUAGAGCCUGAGAAGGGACAAAUGUUCAAUUGAAAGAAGGAAAAAGUGGGAGUUUUUUUUUUUUGUACAAUUAUAUUAGGGUGGAUUAAGUUUCACUAUUACUUAUGGAUUUAUUAUUUAAUUGUAUUUUGGGGGGGUUUCAAACCGUCCAGUUGGUGGCGGCAAUACACCUUUUUGGGUGUAGUCUGCCAUAAAACCCACAAGAAGAAGAAGAACUUCUCAAACCGGAGAUAUAGAAGAAAGACUAAUCGCUUCUCUGCAUUAAGGAGGUCGUUGCCAGCUGUAGCUUGACAGCUAGCUACUAGCCAGCUAAGAAGGCCGGCAGGAUGGCCCUGUCAGACAACAAGGCUCUGGUCCUGGGUGUGUUGGCUGGAGGGGCUGGCCUCAGCCUGGGCACUGUGGUGUUGUACAACAGUAGGAGGGCCGUGCCAACGAGUGGACAUGGUGUGCACAGUAAGCUGUACCUCAGCAGUAAUGACCAGCGGGUGACUGGAGCCAGUAUGGUGGUCAGGGAAAUGCCGGGUCAGGCUGAGGUUCUAGAUCGUCUCGCAGAGCUGAUCCAGUGUGUGUCAGAGCUGAAGGAUGAGGUGCGGGCCCUAAAGAGUGCCAUCCCAAAGCUGCUGGAUCACGUCAGGGAUGAGCUGAGAGGACGCAGCGGCCGGGCUGAGGGGGCUGUGGCUCGCGUAAGUGCAGGCCCACCAAACCGAACUACACCCACACGUAGGAGGAGGGUUGCAGGGGGAGUGGCCAGAGCUGGAAGCCAAAGCUCUGAGGAGGAGGCUGAGAGUGAAGGAGGGUACAUAACAGCUUUAACCGACUCUGAGGAAGAAGAGCAGAUUGAGGCUGAGGGUCAGAGUCCGUAUGAAGUGACUGUGAUCGAGCCUCUGAAUGAGUUCUCAGCCCUUCUGGACAGGGUGGACGCUCUACACGAAGGCAGCGAUGGAGACAAGAGGGAGUGCCUCUGCACCAUGCUGGAUAAGCGGGAGCAGUUUGGACAGAACACUACGUUCUUAUGGCGACUAGUUCGGGCCUACGUGGAUGUUCAUGACAUCACUACCAACCUAGAGCAAAAGAAGACCCAAGCAGAAACUGGGAAGAAAGUUGGAGAGGAAGCCGUAAAACUGAACCCUAUGUGUGCCGAAAGUCAUCAGUGGUACGCCAUUAUGUGUGGCAUCAUGACAGAGUAUGAGACUGUGCAGAACAGGAUAAAGAAUGGCUACAUCUUCAAAGAUCAUUUGGAUAAGGCCAUUGAGCUGAAACCACAAGAUCCUAUGUCUUACUACCUGCUCGGCCGCUGGUGCUAUGCUGUGGCUCAGCUGUCGUGGAUUGAAAGGAAAGUUGCUGCUACAUUGUUUGGAGAGCCUCCGAGUGCCACGGUCCAAGAUGGUCUGAAGAACUUCCUCAAGGUGGAAGAGAUCAGUCCCAAGUACUCCAAAUUAAACUAUGUGUUUUUAGCCAAGUGCUACAGAGACCUGGGGCAAAAAAGUCAGGCCAGGAAGAUGUGUGAUGCUGCUACUUCAAUGGAAACCAUUUCCAAAGAGGAUGAGGAGGCACAGAAGGAGCUGGACACCCUUCUCUCUGCUCUAGGUGUUAAUUGAGGACAUUGUGGAAUUGCUCCAUCCUAUUGCUAGGGAGGAACCCAGGAUCCUCUUCACUGGAAAACACACUAUGAAGGGAAGCCAAUCCAUGUCUUCCUUGAUUACUGUUGGGACAGUAUCUUCCUCAUGCUCUCUGGGAUUGGAGAUGACUGGAUUGGCAGUGCAUACUAGGGAACAGUGUUCUGGAGAACAAACUUAUCACAGAUAUGUCAUGAUGUCUUAUGAAUGCAUAGUGCUUUGACAUCUGUUCGCUAAAGAGAUUGUGGUAAAAGGGACAGUUGGACCUAAGUCAAUCAAUGGUGUUUGUCCCAAUGGUAUAUACAUUAUCUACUACCUCACAUCAAGACAGUCAGCAAUUAAGUGGAGGGGACCAGGCAAUACAUGUUAUGAAGAUUUUAAUAAUUAUACUGAAGUUGUUUUCAAUACGAUUGAUCACCUGUAUCAACCCAAACAGAUAUAUCCAAAACAAAAACAUAAUCAUUUCAAACCUUGCUUACAUUUGUAUACAAUCACAUUAUCUCUAUUAUGCGUGGGAAUACUUGGGAACAGAUUUUCUAAAUUAAAAUCACUUGAAGCUGAUUUCCUGGUGUAUUUAUUAGUCUUUUAUGUCCAACAAUGAAAAUUCACAAUAAUAAAAACAUGUAUUCAUUUUUGCUCAGAAAAUUUGGGGGUCAAAAUAAAACCACUGGCGGACCAAAUUCGGCCCAUGGGCCAGUUGAGGAACCCUGGCUUAGCCUAAGAACUGCACAUACACAAAUGUGUUUUAAGGAGAUUCUGACACAAAUUCCUCAACAAUAAAGACCUAUGGUUUUGUGAAAGUGAUCCACAGAACUUGUUGUUCCCUCCCUCCCGCCAUGUUCUGUUUCUGUUUUGUCUCUAGCAGUGCAUUCAAGUGGCAAUAACAAACCCGUUUUAAACAAAGGUGCAACCCAAACACAGCUCUCUGUCGCACUGUGACUACCGAGUGACAUUCUGUCCCUUUUACCCCCUGAUUGUAAUGUAACUAUACGGCACCCUAUUCCUUAAUAAGGUACACUACAUUUGACCAAAGCCCUAGGUCACUAAAUAGGGAAUAGAAGCUCUGGUCAGAUGAAAUGGUCUAAAUAAGGAACAGGGUGCCAUUGCAGACUCAAGCUUGGUGUUAUUUGACCUGCAUUGAGUGUAGAUUACCAGGUCUUGUGUUCCUGUCACUGCCUGUGCAUGGACAGAGAUCAUGGUCACAUCGUUUUAAGAUGAAGGAGUUGAUAGAGGGGGCAGGGUAGCCUAGUGGUUAGAGCGUUGGACUGCUAACCAAAAUGUUGCAAGUUCGAAUCCCCAAGCUGUCAUUCUGCCCCUGAACAGGCAGUUAACCCACUGUUCCUAGGCCGUCAUUGAAAAUAAGAAUUUGUUCUUAACUGACUUGCCUAGUUAAAUAAAGGUUAAAAAAAUUUAAAAAUAGUGAAGGAAACAUUCACACAAGGUCGGGGUUCCGUUCAUCACAUUCCAGCUAGCUAGAGGACAUUUUUGAGCAUAGAAUGUCAUUUGAGAUUAGAUCUUGUAGCCUAAUAGUCCAUGGGCAAUGUGCACGUCAGAGAUUUUAUAUCGUAGGCGAUAGCUUUUACUGAAUUUUGAAUGCUGUUCUAUUCAUUUUUUUUGUGUUUAAAAAGUGCAAAUGGUGAGAUGGAUUUUUAUACUUUCAGUAUUUUUCAUUUGUAUGGUUUCUUUUUGGGAUUACUGGGAGGAAAGCAUGGGCUAUACAAAUCUGUGGUUCUUUAUUAUUUCUCUUAAGUAUAAUUUAGUCUUCUGGAAACCAUUAACUGGUGUGUACUUUAUCCAACAGGUGAACUACAAGAAUGGUACUUGUUUUUGUUUUUGCCUAAUAAGUUUUUCUAUAUUCCAGCAAUAUGAAUGUAUGCUUUAGUUUUAUCUAGGGUGGUGCACAUUGCAGUGAAGUAAAUUAUCUUGUAAAUGAAAUACAUUAAACAUUAUAUAGACACCACUGAUCAAUGGUAUUUGAGUCUGCCAUUAGUCAAUAAAUAUGUACAAUCUUGAUGUGCCCCAA